GUUAUGAUGCCGUCUCUUAGCCACUUGACUGUCUCCUUUCGUGAAUCAGCUGCACGAGCUCUUCCUCUAUUCACAAGUUAUUGUCGGAUAUUCACUGUGCCAUGUCGUUCAGGUGAGUCUCUUACGACGAAGAGGAAUCGCCUCCUGUAUGAGAGCCGCAAGAGAGGGAACUUAGAAAAUGGGAUUAUACUUUCAUCAUUCGCUGAUAGGCAUCUCGGAGAGAUGACCGAAGAGCAACUGAAGGUUUACGACCACCUGAUCAACACGCCCGAGUGUGACUGGGACAUCUUCUACUGGAUUGUCGGUGAGAAUAGCCUCUACUCCUCUCCAUCAUGGAGGCGUCUCUUCCGCCCACUUUGGUUGGUGUUUACACACUGCCUUUUAGGUGAGAAAGAGGCUCCCGAUGAAUACAAAAGCGACGUAUUGGAGAUGCUGCAAAGGCACGCCAGGAACUAUGGUCGUGACCUGAGGAAUCAGCAGUCCGAAAUUCUCCCCCAUGCUGAGUAG